AUGGCAGGGUUUGUCCGCGACCCCUGGUGUAGAAAUGUGACCUUUGACACCGGGAAGUCUUUUGUCGCCGGCGUAUGUCGCGAGCGCAGGAGUGAGCUAAUGGGAUCGGCUGCCGGGAUGAAGCGUCGGGGCGUCGAGCAGAGGGGCGGCGGCUGUUUACGAGUCGGAUCUACGGGGGGAGUGCGGCGAAGCGGAGGACGGGGGCCGGCCCUGCUGCUCUGGGUCGUACUCUGCAGCUCACACGUGCUCACGGUCCACGGACAGAUGAGCAUCCCGCCUGAAAUUGUGCAGAAAUGGGCCGUGUCUUUCGGAAAACAGCUCACGUCCUUGUCCGCUCGAUACUCCGGGGCUCAACUGCUGCAGAAGAAAUAUAAAGACGUUGAGGGGACGGUGAAGAUGGAGGAGGUGGACGGGGAGGAGCUGGUCAAACAGUUCGCUGAGGAGAUGGAGGAGAUGCUCGGGAGGAAGAUGAAAUCCGUCAAGAGGUUGGCAGAGGCGGCGGAGGAUGCAGAUUUAUACCAUGACUACAAUGACACUCUGGAGUUUGAGUACUUCAACUCGAUGCUGAUAAACAAAGUGGAUGAAGACGGGAAUCCUUUGCCGCUCGGGGGAGAAUUUCCUUUGGAGCAAAACGAACAUUUCAGCAAACUCCCGGUGAAUGUCCAGACGAGCAACAUACAAGUCCCCACCAACGUCUACAACAGAGACCCGGACAUCGUGAACGGCGUGUACAUGUCCGAGGUCCUCGACGACGUUUUCACCGAUAACUUCCAGAAGGACCCGACCCUCACGUGGCAAUACUUCGGCAGCGCCACGGGCUUCUUCAGACUCUACCCGGGUAUCCAGUGGAUCCCAGACGAGAACGGCGUCGUCACGUUCGAUUGUAGAAACAGAAACUGGUACAUCCAGGCUGCUACUUCUCCCAAAGACGUGGUGAUCGUGGUGGACGUGAGCGGGAGCAUGAAGGGGCUCAGACUGACCAUCGCCAAACACACCAUCAACACCAUCCUGGACACGUUAGGAGAGAACGACUUCGUCAACAUCAUAGCGUACAGCGAUUACGUGCGAUACGUGGAGCCGUGUUUCAAAGGGACGCUGGUGCAGGCCGAUCUGGACAACAGAGAGCAUUUCAAAAUACUGGUCGACGAGCUUCACGUCAAGGGCGAGGGCAAAGUCACCAAAGCCAUGAAGGAGUCGUUCAAGAUCCUUAACGAGGCCACAGCGCUGGGCCAGGGCAGUCUGUGUAACCAGGCCAUCAUGCUCAUCACCGACGGCGCCAUGGAGGAUUUCGAGGACGUGUUUGAGGAGUUUAACUGGCCGGAAAAACGCGUUCGUGUUUUCACUUACCUCAUUGGAAGAGAAAUGACGUUUGCUGAAAAUGUCAAAUGGAUCGCCUGCAACAACAAAGGGUACUACACUCAUGUUUCUACACUGGCCGAUGUCCAGGAGAACGUGAUGGAAUAUCUUCACGUUCUGAGUCGACCAAUGGUGAUCAACCACGACCAUGACAUCAUCUGGACCGAGGCGUACAUGGACAGUGUGUUGUUCAACUCUCAGGCCCAGAGUCUCCUCCUCAUGACUUCAGUCGCGAUGCCGGUGUUUAGUAAGAAGAAAGAAACUUUGUCUCAUGGGAUUUUACUGGGUGUAGUUGGAACCGACGUGGCCCUGAAAGAACUGAUGAGGCUGGCUCUGAGAUACAAGCUCGGCGUCCACGGCUACGCUUAUCUCAUCACUAAUAACGGCUACAUCCUGUCUCACCCCGACCUCCGACCCCUGUAUAAAGAGGGAAAGAAGCUCAAACCCAAACCCAAUUACAACAGCGUGGAUCUGUCCGAGGUGGAGUGGGAGGACACGGAGCAGCAGCUGAGGACGUCCAUGGUGACAGGAGAAACUGGAGCUUUGACUCUCGACGUGAGAGCGUCUGUGGAUAAAGGGCUAAGAGUGCUGUUUCUCAGGAAUAAUUACUAUUACACGAUCAUCAACGAAACACCCUUCAGUUUGGGAAUUGUGUUGACUGAAGGAUUCGGAAAAUACAUGUUCCUGGGAAAUGUCUCGAUUGAAGAAGGCCUUCAUGACUUAAACGGCCCCGAUCUCACCAUCAGCGACGAGUGGACAUACUGUGAGACGGACAUCGAUCCCGCUCAUCGUAAACUCACUCAGCUUCAGGCCGUGGUGCGAUACCUCACCGGGAAAGAGCCGGAUCUCGAAUGUGACGCCGUGUUGUUGUCGCAGACUCUGUUUGACGCUGUGGUCACGGCUCCGAUGGAAGCGUACUGGACCGCGCUCAUGCUCAACGCCUCGGGCAUCGACGACGGCGUGGAGACGGCGUUCCUGGGGACACGUUCAGGCCUGAUGAGGGUCCAGAGAUACACCGGGGUCGAGAGCAGAGUUUCCAAGUCUUUCCUGACGUCCUCAGACAAAGAGAAUCUGUUCACGUUGGAUCAUUUCCCGCUGUGGUACCGUCGAGCGGCGGAGCACCCUGCUGGACAGUUCUUGUACUACAUGCCCCGACAGGACUCCAGAGCUGGACGGAUCGUGAUCUCCAGCACCACCGUGACCGUGACGGCGGGGAAGAAGACCGCCAUCGCCGCAGCUGUGGGCGUUCAGAUGACGUUAGAUUCUCUUGAGGCUCGGUUUUGGGCCAUAGCAGCUCAGCCAAACGACACAGAUUGCUCGGACGCAGACGGGAUUUGUCCACUGCGCUGUGAUAGUGUUGACGUCCAGUGCUACGUGAUCGACAAUAAUGGAUUUGUCCUCAUUUCAAAGCAACGCAACGAUGCGGGGCGUUUCCUCGGCGAGCUGGACGGCUCCGUCAUGACCACGCUCAUCCGAAUGGGCAUGUUCAAGAGAGUUUCCUUGUUCGAUUAUCAGGCCAUGUGUAAGAUGCACACACACUCGGUCAGCAGAGGGCGCCACCUCAGCAGUCCUCUCUUCGCGUUGGCGUCUGGGCUCAGGUGGUUUCUCUCAAACUUCCUCCUGUUUCUCGUGGAGUUUAAUCUCUGUGGUCUUUGGCACACGGAGCACUUUGCUGGAGCUUCAGUCCAUAAAAAGAAAGGCGAGAUUCUUCAGCCGUGUGAGACCGAGUACCCGAGCUUCAUCCACGAGCCGUCCGUCAAAGAGACAAACAGCAUCAUCAAGUGCGGACGCUGCCAGAAGAUGUUCGUGGUACAGCAGGUCCCGGACACUAACCUGCUGAUGCUCGUGGUCCAGGCCGACUGCGACUGCUCCAGACAGUACUCACCCAUCACGCUCAGCCCUCAGGAGGUCAAAUAUAACUCCUCGUCCAAAUGUGAGAGAAUGAGAUCUCAGAAGAUUCGCCGGCGCCCGGAGUCGUGCCACGCCUACCACCCUCAGGAGAACGCGCACGACUGCGGAGGAGCCUCGGCCGCGUCUCCGUCCUCUUUGCUCUUUCUGUUCGGCGUCGUCACCUCGGCCCUCGCCUCCUGAUGAUCGACCGUUUCUCGUUUCUUCAGACUUUGUUCGAGGACCCUGCAUGUAUUUAAAAAUUGCCAAAACGGUGGAUCACGGUUUGAACAAUGCCGAGCUACACGACAUGACCAGACUUCCCUCACCCCAGACGCGUCCUCCAGCUCCUCCGAUGGGACCCCGAGGUGUUCCCGGUCCACAGUCCCUCCGUAUUUUUCCUUUUCCUCCGAACUCAUGACUGCAAAAGCAAAAAAAAGCGAAAAACCUCAUCUGUAACGCAAAUAAAACACGACAUCAUGGACCUGAAAUGAGUCAAAAAUGCACGUUUUUAUUUGUGUGAGCGC